ACUCCCUCUUACAAGUAAGAGAAAUCACAGCCUCAACUCCAAUUUCCAAUUUUGUUAAUUUUCAUCGCGGAACGCUACUUGGAGAUACGGUAUAACAAAGCAAACUAUCUAGUCACAGCAUAGUGCAACGUGUCAUCAUCUCAAGUAUCACAAGCAAGGUAUAUAAAUAUAGAAAAAGACCAAAUAAAGUAAAAUCAGUUGCAUACUCCAUGCUACGUCGCUUAAUAACUCGCCAACUCACCUUUCCCAACUCGCCCGAGGCAACCCGGUUCAUCAACUCACUCACCGGUUCACCGCUCCACCGCCGCCGCCAUCAUUUCCCCGUCAAAUUUCUCCCGUCUAAUUACUCCUUCGUAAAAUCCAAAACCUCCUCCGCCUCCUCGGCAGCGGUCACCAGAAAUCGUGCGGCGGCGGCGGAUAUGGAUUCAACUCCGAUGACGGCGUCAGUGACGGAGGAUUUUGUUCACGUUGAUAGCGGUACAGGUAAUUCGAAUUCCGAAGGUUUAUCAGAAUCGAGUGUCGUGAAGGAACAAGGAGUUGAGGAGGCGAUUUCGGCAAUUGUAGAAGGUGAAAGAGAAGGAUUUGAAAGGAAAGUAUUGCCGGAGGAAUUGGCGAGGAGUGCUAGUUCGGAAGAAGCGAGUGUUGUGGAGGAGCGAGGAGUUGAAGAGGCGAUUGCGGCGAUUGAAGGAGGUGAAGGUGAAGGAUAUGUAAGGAAGGAAUUGCCGGAGGCAUUGUUGAGGAGUGUAAUGAUGCUGAAUUGUGAUUCGUCUACUGCUGGAGGUGUUUGUGAUGUGUAUGUUGUUGGUACUGCCCACGUUUCUACGGAAUCCUGCCAAGAUGUUGAAGCAGUGAUCAAUUUCUUGAGACCAGAGGUUGUCUUCUUGGAGUUAUGUUCAGGUCGGGUGGGUGUACUUACACCUCAGAAUUUAAAGGUACCAACGAUGGGAGAAAUGGUGGAGAUGUGGAAGAAAAAUCAAAAUCCAUUUGGGAUACUCUACAGCUGGUUUCUUGCCAAGGUUGCUAGCAAGCUUGAGGUUUUUCCCGGGGCAGAGUUUCGUGUGGCAUAUGAAGAAGCAAUGAAGUACGGUGGGAAAGUGAUUCUUGGUGACCGUCCCGUGCAAGUGACAUUACGAAGAACAUGGGCAAAAAUGCCACUUUGGCACAAGACAAAAUUGGUAUACUCUCUAUUAUUCCAAGCAGUGUUUUUACCCAAGCCUGAUGAUCUCGUCAAAAUGUUGAAGGAGAUGGAUGAUGUUGACAUGUUGACUCUUGUAAUUCAAGAAAUGAGCAAGAAGUUCCCUACUCUUAUGGAUACCCUAGUUCAUGAGCGAGAUCAGUUUAUGUCAUCAAUGCUGCUAAAAAUUGCCCGUGAACACAACUCUGUUGUCGCAGUUGUUGGUAAGGGUCACCUUCCAGGAAUCAAGAAGAACUGGCAACAACCUAUUGAGGUUAAGGAACUACUAUCGAUGCCAUCACCCAAGCCUCUCAUUUCUGUUGCUAAAAUUGUGGCAACCUUUGGAGUUGCAGUUGCAGGAGUGGCCAUAAUAUCUGGCAUUUACAUUUCAAGCAAGAAAUAAUCAUCACAUUUUUUAGGUCUUAACUCUCGGUCGGCAUUCAAUAUGAAUGAGCACAUUUGAGGGCCAUGUGCUGUUCGUUUUUUGGUCGAAAGUUAAAAAAAACUUUUAUACAACCAAGUGGAAAUUUGUAUAUUUAUUAAGCUAUUUUCGACUUUCAGCUAAUUCCUAACUACAUUACAACUCUCUGACAACAAUAAAACCUAUACAGAUCUAAGUUGUUUAAAAACUUUUGGAGUAUAUUCCUCCA